AUGAAAGAAAUCGUGAGGAGUUACUACACUGAAGCACAAUGGUUCAUCAAAGGGAAAAGUCCACCAUUUGAAGAAUACCUAAGCAAUGCACUCAUAACUGGAACUUAUUACCUACUUGCACCAGCUUCAUUAUUGGGCAUGAAAUCAGCUUCAAAGGCAGCAUUCGAUUGGAUGAUGAAUAAACCUAAGAUUCUUGUGGCUUCAGCAUUAAUUGGUCGAGUUAUUGAUGACGUUGCAACUUACAAGAUUGAGAAAGAAAAAGGACAACUUGUGACGGGAAUAGAAUGCUAUAUGAAAGAGCACAAUUUAACAGUGGAAGAAGCAAGUGCACAACUUUCUGAAAUGGCUGAAAAUGCAUGGAAGGAUUUGAACAAAGAGUGCAUUAUUAAGCCUACUAAUUCUUCAAUGCCAGCUGAAAUCUUGAAGCCAAUCGUAAAUCUGACACGUCUAAUUGAUGUGGUUUACAAGAAUAAUGAAGAUGGAUAUAGUAAUCCAAAGAAUAAUGUGAAGUCUGUAAUUGAAGCCUUACUCGUCAAUCCCAUCAACACGUAGAGGACUCAAAGGAAGAUGGUCAAAUAUUAAAUAAGUUAAUGUGAACCAUUAGAGUACUAUUUUAUUUAAAACUCCAUUAAUAAGUGAUUUAAUUUUUCUCCAUCGUAUUAUUUUGAUUGCAAAUGUUUUAUUUGAAUGAAUAAAUUGUAUGUGUCUCGAGAGUACAGAAAUUUUC